GCUGUCAUAACUAUAAAUCGAGGGGCUGUAAAGCUCUUUGUGGGAGCAAAGUUGUCAAUCCGAGGUCGUUUUUUCACGCUUUUUGUGAAUUAAUAACUUAUGUUGCCGUGAUCACCCAUCAGCUUACAAAAUGGAGGAGGAGGAUGAUUGUCCAGAGUUGGUGCCCAUUGACAGCCAACCUGGUCUCCCAGCUCGACAGAUUCCUGUCACCAUCAUCACUGGCUACCUGGGGGCCGGGAAAACCACACUGCUGAAUUAUAUCUUGACGGAACAACACAACAAGCGGAUUGCUGUCAUUCUCAAUGAGUUUGGAGAAGGGAGCGCUCUUGAGAAGUCGCUGGCAGUGAGUCAGGCAGGGGAGCUGUAUGAGGAGUGGCUGGAGCUGAGAAAUGGCUGCCUUUGCUGCUCUGUCAAGGAUAACGGGCUCAAAGCCAUUGAAAACCUGAUGGAGAAGAAAGGAAAGUUUGACUACAUUCUUCUAGAAACAACAGGACUUGCUGAUCCAGGAGCUGUGGCCUCCAUGUUUUGGGUUGAUGCAGAGCUUGGCAGUGAUGUCUACUUAGAUGGAAUUGUGACUGUCAUUGAUGCAAAGUAUGGGCUUCAGCAACUAAAGGAGGAGAAAGCAGAAGGACUUGUCAAUGAGGCAUCCAGACAGGUUGCUCUCGCUGACCUCACCAUUAUCAAUAAAACCGAUCUGGUGGAGGAGGAGGAACUGAACCAAGUUCGAGACACUGUCAGGUCUAUAAAUGGUCUUGUUAAGAUUUUAGAGACCCAGAGAUCAAGAGUGGAUCUCUGUGACGUCCUGGAUCUGCAUUCAUUUGACUGUCAGGACGGAGCAAAACUCGCUGAGAAGCUCCAGCUUGCGAAACCGACCAGACCACACCUGGACAAGAGUAUUUUAACUGCGACGUUUGAGGUGACGGGAGACCUCUGUGAAGAUGCCCUAAAUACUUUCAUCCAAGAUUUGCUUUGGGAAAAGAAGUUCUGUAACAAAGCAGGGGAACCCAUGAGUGUCAUCCGGUUGAAGGGUAUAGUAUCAUUUGCAGGCAAAGCGCACCAAGUAAUGCUGCAGGGGGUCCAUGAGCUAUACGAGUUAAAUGAGACUCCACAACUUUGGGAGGAAAACCCACACACAAACAGGCUGGUGUUUAUAGGAAAGAACCUGGACAAGAACAUCCUGCAGCAGAUUUUUAUUUCUACUGUUGUGAUGGAUGGAGUUAAAAAAUAGGUUUUAAGCUCCUUUGUGAAAAUCUCUGUAGUUGAUUGUGUAGUAAGAAGGUUAUGGCAGAUUUCAUAUAACUGAUUAUGCUUCUCAAGCUCUAUUUUCUAUAGAUGACUGAAUGGAAGAAUAGAAAGUAAAAAUAACUGCAACUUCUUUAACCUGUGAUAUUUAAUCACAACCUCUACCUUUGAAAAAGCUAGAUAGUAAAAAAUUAAAGUGGAAAAAAAGUGUUUAACGCCUAAAGGAGUAAAGAGAGUGAUCAACAUAUUGCACUUUUUAAAUGAAACUUUAAAUGAGUUUGCCAGUAUUUACAUUUCUGAUACUCAAUUGGACUUGUAUUCAUAUCAGUUCUGUAUCUUCAAAUUAAUUUAAAUAAAUUAUCU